AUCCUCUGGGAGCUUUACGAGCUCAACUUUUGUCAUGGACUUCAAGCUCUCAAUCGAGUCAUGGCGCGUGCAUCGUGGGAGGACUCACCGCUUGCCUGUCAUGAUCUUCUUUAUAGCAUUUUCCCUGGAGAGGGUGGUUUUGCAUCUCCUAUACCUGAGGGGGAUAGGGGUGGGCUGUGGAGUUGUGAGAUCAGAGACAUCUUCCCCUACGUUGACAGCUUCCGCAACGUGUUGUCCAGCUGGGAGAAUGCCCCACCAUGCCUCAGUGCAUCCCUGGACGCAAGUACGUUCAAUGCUACUACAUACUUCGAGGUGAUGCAACCUGCAUGCAACUUUUACGUGCAAUGUUUCUUCGACCACUUCAGAAGGCCCCCCAUCGUUCUGCAUCAUUUUCCUGCGUGA